AUGCUUCCAACCAUGUCAGCAUCGCACCAUCUUCAGUCCACUGCCGGAGGAUCGCGCCUUUCGCGCACGUCCGCCGCUGCUACAGGAUGCGCCGCACCACCCGCCGCAUCACCCGCUGUACCACCCGCCGCAUCAUCCGCCGCACUGAUCGCUGAUGACUCCUGCGGUGUGGGAGCGGUCCCGGCUGUCGCCGCCGCACCUUCCGCGGAUGCCUGCAGUCCGCGCGAACGCUCGUUUUCUCCCCGCGGCAAGCGCGCCGCCGAGUGCCGCCGCGCUCCACGGCACAGACACUCGCGCUCUUUUUCCGGAGACUUCCCCACAUUUCAUGCCAUUGCGCCCAGGUCCCCCGCCGCCAUUCCCGCCUCCAACAGCCCUCUUAGCAGAAGGCCCCGCGAGGACCCCGUGAAAACCGCCGCUUAUCCCGGCGACGGGACGUGUUCUCCUGCUUCCCCCGCCCCCGGCGGAGAAUUUUCCGCCCAGAGCGGAGACACAGAGAACGGCGCACGGCUUUCUGCGCAACGAUGGUCGCUGCCGCCGGGAACGAGCGUCGACGGCGGGGUUGGUAUGGGGGAUUGUCCCCUCACGGGUGGGUUAAGCGGCAGCGGUCCUGGGAGCAGCGGCGGUGCUGAUGUGGCGUUUCUGACGAGCCAGUCGCCGCGAAUCGACCUUUUACGGAGAUUGAAAAUGGAAGCGGCUGUCGCGGCGUCGUCGUGCGAUUCGCCUUCGUUUUUCUCCCCGUCGCACGCUGCGGCGUCGACGGGCGCGCGCGAUUCGUUCUUUUUGUUUGAGCGACAAGGAAGCAUCGGCUUGCUCAGCGACGGGUCGUGCGACCUCGGCGACGACGGGAGCGGGAGCUUCUUUCGUGUCCCUGCGAAAGGAUCCGCUGGCGAAACCUUCAGUAACUUGUUUCGCUUGAGGGGCGUACUCGGGAGCAGGGGCAGCGGCAGUGGCGAUAGCGGCAGUUUCGGCGGCGGAAGCGGAAGUUUCAGUAACGGUGGGGGAAGCGGAAGCUUGAACGGGGGGGGAAGCGGGAGCUUCAGCUGCGGGGUUACUGUUGGUGGUACUAACCUGGGCGGCAGGGGCGGCAGCGCUAGGCGGGUGAGCAUAUCUGAGGAAGAUUUUUGGGCGGCGGUCAGAUAUUCUGACGAUGGUGAUUCUCAUCCCGGCCCUCCGCCUUAUCCUUCCCAUCAUUCUCAUCCCCCCUAUAAUCAUACCCGUGAUUCGCAUCAACUUGAUGCAAAUACUCGAGCUCAUCAACUACCAGAAGAGCUCGUUCCGCCUCAACGCGUUACGUCUAUAACGGUCAUAGCUAGGACGGUGUCGCCCCUCGUAGGUGCUCCGGUCUCGCCUCUCCCUGCCCCUGCCCCUGCUGCUGCUGCUGCUGCUGCUACCGCUGGAGAAGUCGCUACAGGCGGUGUCGAGGGCUGCGCGGCGAAUUCUGCCGCUGCCGCGUCUCCUCCCGCACCUCCCUCGUUACCAGUUUCUCCCGUCGACGACGGGCCUGCCGCUGCCUUCCUCGAAGCAUCCUGCAACCCUGCCGAACCGCUAACUGAUGCCACGUCAGCAGCAGCUGACCCGUCGCAUUCUACCUCAGGUGCUGCCAGAGGUACUGUAGUCAGCAAGGCCAUCGCGACCGCGCGGUUCGCCACGUCAACGUCGACAGGUAGCAGCAGCGGCAGCCACGUGUCGAACAGCACGUGGACCACCGUCAUGACUAAUCUAAGCCACGAGUCGUCGAGCAGCGAGAGGGCGAGCAGCAGACUCAGCAGCGGGCUUGACGGCGAAGUUGACGGCGCUUAUGACGCCGGAAAUGGCAGCGGAAAUGGCGGUUAUGUUCAGGAAAGUAGCAACGGGUUUGGCGGUGACACGUGGACGGGUGCUGAGUUGUCGUCUGCCGAGUCGUCUCCCCGCCUCUCUCCCUCGAGCCCGGGAUUCUUCUCGCCAUCUCGCCGCAGGGCCGUACCGAAACCUGGCACAGCCAAUCCACAGAUUCGUCUGCUGAAUUCGCUGCGGGCGUCUCCUCGUCUCUCCCCUGCCCCUGUGGCAGCGGCAAAGGUGGUGAGCUGUUGCAGCGGCGAUGCAGUGGGGACACAAAGGAGCUGCUGCAACCCCCCUUGUGGCUCGUCAAUGAAUGCUCAUUACUCGCUGUCCCGGCAGCGGAUUGGCGCGGAGGGCGGAAGGAGUAGGGGUCCGCGGGGACGUCAUGGACAGCGCAGGCGCUGGGGCGCGGAGGGGAAGCGCUGUGGCGGGGAGGGGAAGCGCUGUGGCGGGGAGGGGAAGCGCUGUGGCGGGGAGGGGAAGCGCUGUGCGCUGAGGCGCAGAGGGGAAGCGCCGUGGCGCGGAGGAGAAGCGCUGAGGCGCGGAGGAGAAGCGCUGUGGCGGGGAGGGGAAGCGCUGUGGCGCGGAGGAGAAGCGCUGUGGCGCGGAGGAGAAGCGCUGAGGCGCGGAGGAGAAGCGCCGUGGCGCGGAGGAGAAGCGCUGUGGCGCGGAGGGGAGGAGAAGGGCCUGGCGGAGUUCUCAGAGUCACGGUGCGCGCACAUGCUUCUGUCAUGCGGAGCGCACACGCUGCUGUCAUGGUGGCGGCGCGGAGGGGAGAAGAAGGAUGGGCUGCGUCUGCCGUUGCGGGACGAGAAGCCAGACGACUCGUCGUCUCGAAAAUCGUCGCUGUAA